AUGGCCUUUACAUAUACUAAACUAGCACUACUAUCAAUCACCAUUUUCAUUUCAAUUUUCCUUGAAACCUCCAUUUCUUUUGACAUUGAAAAGCCUUUCCUUCAUUGUUUUUCCUCAAUUGUAAGAAAUUCAAACCCAACUGAAGAAAUAGUACUAACUCAGAAUAGCUCAUCUUAUGAAUCUCUUUUGCAAUCUUCCAUAAGGAACACCAGAUUCUUGGACAGUUCAGUCCUAAAACCAAACCUUAUUGUUACCCCACAAGAACUAUCCCACGUCCAAGCAGCAAUUACAUGUUCAGUGAAACAAGGCCUUCAAGUAAGAGUUCGAAGCGGCGGCCAUGACUAUGAGGGCCUUUCUUACAUUUCCAAUGUUCCAUUCCUCAUCAUUGAUCUCUCCAAUUUCAGGUCCAUAAGCAUCGACAUCGAAGACGAAAGUGCAUGGGUUCAAUCAGGUGCAACACUUGGAGAACUCUAUUAUGCAAUUGCAAAUCAAAGUAAUGUCCAUGCCUUCCCAGCAGGUAGUUGCCCCACUGUUGGUAUAGGAGGACACUUCAGUGGAGGUGGAUUUAGCACCAUUUUCAGAAAACAUGGUCUUGCAGCUGAUCAUGUAAUUGAUGCUCAAAUCAUAGAUGUUAAUGGAAAGAUACUAAAUAGAAAUUUGAUGGGUGAGGAUCUCUUUUGGGCUAUAAAAGGAGGAGGAGGGUCAAGCUUUGGAGUUAUCACUUCAUGGAAAGUAAAACUUGUACAUGUCCCCCCAAAAGUCACAAUUUUUGACCUCCCCAAGAAGUUGGAUCAAAAUGUCAGUGAAAUUUUCCAGAAAUGGCAAACUAUUGCUCACAAGCUUCCAGGGGAGCUUUUUCUCCACUCUGUUAUGGGAGUUUCAAAUUCACCAAAACAUGGUGGAAAAUCUGUAAUUGUAUCAUUCACAGGACUAUAUCUAGGGAUUGCUGAAAACUUGCUUCCAUUGAUGCAGAGCAAUUUUGCUGAAUUGGGUUUGCGGCGCGAUGAUUGCACUGAGAUGAAUUGGAUUCAAUCUGUUCUCUAUCUUGCAGGUUAUCCAAUUAAUGCAUCAUUGAAUGUGUUGCUUCAGAGAAACCAAACAUUUGGAAGUUUCAAAGCAAAAUCAGACUAUGUAAAUGAACCUAUUCCUAGAGCAGGUUUGGAAGGGUUGUGGAAAAUGUUACUUGAAGAGGAUUCACCAUUGUUGAUCCUGACACCUUAUGGAGGGAGAAUGAGUGAGAUUUCAGAGUCAGAAACUCCAUUUCCACAUAGAAAUAAGAGCAUAUUUGGGAUUCAGUAUUUGGUGAAUUGGGAUAAAAAUGAAGAAACUAAAAUGCAUGUAGAGUGGAUGAGAAGGUUAUAUGCAUACAUGAAACCUUAUGUUUCAAAGAACCCAAGAGGUGCAUAUUUAAAUUAUAGGGACCUUGACAUAGGAGUGAACCGAGGUAACACAAGCUAUGAGGAAGCAAAAUGUUGGGGUUUGAAAUAUUUCAAAAGUAAUUUUGAAAGACCGGCAAGAGUAAAGGCUCAAGUUGAUCCUAGCAAUUUCUUCAGGCAUGAACAGAGCAUUCCACCUUUGUCAGAUUGAUGUAUUAACAACUCUUAUACAAUUAGGAAAAAUGUAUUU